AUGCCAAUUUCGAAAAUCAAACAUGCGGCCAAAUCGCUGCGAACCUUUCAAGGUAUUAAUUUCGAAUCGUGUUUGGACAAUGGUGAAACCGCAGAACAAAUGAAUAAAUGGCUGUUAGAAGUGUCAUGGGAGGUGGCUAAUAAAGUUGGUGGAAUCUAUACGGUUAUUCGUUCGAAAGUACCAAUAACGAAGAAAGAAUAUGGAAAUAAUUAUAUUUGUUUGGGUCCGUACAAUGAUUCAUUUGUUAAAACCGAAGUUGAAGUUGGUGAAUCGAAGAUCGAAGCAAUACGAGAGACUGUCAAUGAAAUGAAGCGUUACGGUGUUAAUGUUAUAACAGGCAAUUGGUUGAUUGAAGGCUUUCCACAAGUUGUUCUCUUUGAUAUCGGUUCAGCUGCACAUCGACUAGAUGGAUGGAAAGGUGACUUUUUUGAAUAUGCACAUAUCGGAAUUCCGUAUCACGAUCGCGAAUCCAAUGAUGCAUUGAUUUUUGGCUUUUGUGUGUUUUGGUUCAUUGGAACGUUUAUCGAACAUGUCAAACGAAUAAAGAAAAGCUACGUUAUCGCUCAUUUCCACGAAUGGCUGGCAGGUGUUGGCCUAGUAAUGACACGACUUCGUGGAUAUGAUUGUGGAUUAAUAUUCACAACUCAUGCCACACUUCUCGGCCGAUACUUAUGUGCUGGUGCAGCUGAUUUCUAUAAUAACUUAAGUAGGUUCGACCUAGACAAAGAAGCUGGUGACCGUCAAAUCUAUCAUCGAUAUUGUAUCGAAAGAGCUGCCGCCUCUUGUGCGCAUGUAUUUACAACUGUUUCAAAGAUCACCGGUAUCGAAUCAGAAUAUCUACUGAACAAGAAACCUGAUAUCUUGACGCCUAAUGGGCUCAGUGUUCAAACAUUUGCUGCAUUGCAUGAAUUCCAAAAUUUACAUGCUCAAAAUAAAGAGAAAUUGAAUGCUUUUGUACGCGGACAUUUCUACGGGCAUUAUGAUUUCGAUUUGGAUAAAACUCUUUACUUCUUUAUCGCUGGACGAUAUGAAUUUUCGAAUAAAGGUGCGGAUAUGUUCAUCGAAUCAUUAGCUCGUUUAAAUCAUAUGCUUAAAUCAUCUGGUUCUGAUGUUACAAUCGUAGCGUUUAUGAUCUUUCCAACUGCGACGAAUAAUUUCAAUAUCGAGUCCUUAAGAGGACAAUCUGUAGCCAAAAUGCUGCGUGAUACAGUACAAAAUGUUCAAAGUGACAUUGGGAAACGACUUUAUGAAAUCUGUCUAAGAGGUCGACUUCCCACGCCAGAUCAAAUACUUCAAGCAAGUGAUUUGAUUGAAUUGAAGAAAUGUAUUUAUGCUUCACAAAGAUCCAGUUUGCCGCCCAUAUGUACACAUAAUGUGUGUAACGAUUCGACAGAUCCUAUAUUGAAUGCAUUGCGUCGUUGUCAAUUAUUUAACACAAGAUAUGAUCGUGUCAAAGUUAUAUUUCAUCCUGAAUUCUUGCGCUCAACAAGCCCACUGUUACCAAUGGAUUAUGAAGAAUUCGUUCGCGGUUGCCAUCUUGGUGUCUUUCCUUCGUAUUAUGAACCAUGGGGUUACACACCAGCUGAAUGUACUGUCAUGGGUGUACCAAAUAUUUCCACGAAUCUAAGUGGAUUUGGCUGUUUCAUGGAAGAACAUGUUCAUCAAGCUGAGACGUAUGGUAUUUAUGUUGUUGACAGACGAUAUAAAAGUGCUGAAGAAUCUUGCCACCAACUCGCCCAAUAUAUGUUUGAUUUUUCACAAUUAACUCGACGACAGCGAAUCAUUCUACGUAAUCGUACCGAACGAUUGAGUGAGUUACUAGAUUGGAAUACAUUGGGCAUUUAUUAUUAUCGUGCUCGUCAAAUGGCGUUACAACGUAUUCAUCCUGAAUUUGAAGAAGAAUUGCUUAAAUGUACUAGUGAAACGUUUUCUGCUCCAUCGACUCCUGGAGUAUCUCGUUCAUCUACACCAGCACCACCUGAUCGUGAAGAAGCAAGCGACGAAGAAGACGAUCAAGAUCAACCAACAUCACCAAAUCAGCAAGAACAACAGUCAUCUGAAAAGUCACCAUCAACGAUCGACAAGCAAUACGAACCACAUUUAGAACGUGCUGAUUCAGUCCGACUUCUUUCAAUUAAUAAAGAUCUUCGUCGAGCUGCUGUUGAUGCGGCCAAUGAAGCUUCAGCUAAUGAUCCGCACCUUGAAUCCACCUUAACUGAUGCUAAUGACGAUGAAGUUCGAGAGCUCACCAGCGGUAAAGGAAAUCAAACAAGUGCUUUCGUUAGUACAAGUAAUAGUAAACCGGGAUUAUUACCUGAUGCUCAAACAGCAGCACUCAAUAAAACGCUCAACUUAGGAUUACCUCUUCAAGGUACAUUCUCCGAUGCACAUGAUGGUCAAAGACAAGCACCCGAAGGUGAAACCAAACCAACCGUAUCAACACAGGACGAUUUACCAUCUGCUCAUGUCCUACAUAAAUCAUUAAGUGGAGUCGAUAAAACUUCAUUUGCACCACUUAGUUCAUCCAACACUCAAUUUACAUCACCAUUAGUUGACCAACAGGCAGCUCAAUCAAUCGGCAAAGAACAAAUCUAA